AUGGACACAUCGGUAGAUCAAGAUCACACCAAUGCCACCAUCACAGCCCAGUCAACCUCCUCACAGCCCUCGACCUCAUCCACAGCCAUUCGGCCCAACAGAGGGCCACCAGGGCUCAGCCCUGCUCCACAGGCACAGGCACACCUUCGACCGGUCUCUGCACCAGAAUCCAUAACAGAAUAUCGGCUCUUUGACGGCGAAAAUUCGCCCCAGAACAUCGCAGUCUAUGGCUUCGGACUCGGAGCCCUCUUCGGCGCCAGUGCGAUCCUGGCAACUCUUGUCAACACGACAAUCCCACAGUUUUGGCUGUUCCUCGCUGCGCUGGGAGUCUUCCAUGCGCUGGAAUACAUUGCGAUUGCGCUGUUCAAUCCGACCAAGCUCAAGCUGGACUCCUUCUUGCUGAACCAUAGCCCUGAGUAUACGUUGGCAACCGUCAGUGGCGUAACCGAGUUCUUGAUUGAGCUGUACUUCUUCCCUCAGAUGAAGUCCUGGGGUAUCCUUAACAAGAUUGGAUUCGUGCUCGUAUUAGUGGGCCAAGCAGCGCGGACCCUGGCUAUGUUUUCGGCAAAGUCCAACUUUUCCCACCAUGUCGAGUUUUACAAGGAGGAGCACCAUGUCCUGGUGACGGAGGGCGUCUACAGCGUCCUGAGGCACCCAUCCUACUUUGGAUUCUACUACUGGGCUCUGGGAUCGCAGCUCAUGAUGAUGAACCCGGUCUGCUUCCUCGGCUUCGCUGUGGUAUUACAUCGCUUCUUCUCAGAGAGGAUCCAAUACGAGGAGCAACUCCUCGUCCGCUUCUUUGGACAGAGCUAUCGCGACUACAAGGCCAGAGCCAAGACCGGCAUCCCUUUGAUCAACUAG